AUGCUGUCCGCGUUCACGGCCCGUCCUAUCGUUGAGCUUCGUCAGCGAGACAAGUCCAAAAUCGAAACCAUAGUGACGCAAGGUGACCGCGUCUUCGUUGGCCUCAACACCGGCGCCCUCCGCAUAUACCGACUCAACGAGAUCCCCUCCAAUAACCAACUCGAGUCUGCACCGACUAGCCCGACUAAAACAUCGUCUCGCCCAGUCUCGAGACAAUCACAGAAGCCUACUGAGCUAUUGCGCGAAGUCGAAAAGUUCUCCACAAAGCCUAUCGAGCAGCUGGCCAUCAUCAAGGAAGCUAAUACCAUAAUAUCGCUCUCCAACUACCAUGUGUCGCUGUACGAUCUGUCAAGCUACGAAUUAAUCGAAACCCUUGCGAGAACAAAGAAUGCAAGCAGCUUUGCUGUCACAUCUAAUAUUGUCAAAGAUCCGGAAACAGGUAUUCCUGAGAUCAUCAGCAGGUUGGCAGUUGCUGUGAAGCGCCGCCUCCUGCUCUGGAGUUGGCAUGACAGCGAACUAGUGGACAACGUCGCUGAAGUGGUUCUCUCUGAAGCUAUUCGAAGCGUAACAUGGACGAAUGCGACACAGAUUGUCUGUGGUAUGAAUGGCGGUUAUGUCAUGGUAGACGCAGUCACGCACCAGACGGAAGAUAUUGUCAGCCCAGGUGCGGCUGGCGCUGCUGGUCAAACCAGUAGAUUCGGCUCCGUUAGUAGCGCAGGUAUGGGUUAUAUGGGCUUGGGAGGAUAUAUACCGAAGCCGUUGGCCACAAAGCUGGCAGACGGUCAGGUCCUCUUGGCCAAGGACAUAAACACCCUCUUUGUCGAUGAUACUGGAAAACCGCUGGACAAACGCCAGGUUCCGUGGCUUACGGCGCCAGAAUCGAUUGGCUACUCUUACCCGUAUAUUGUUGCUCUGGAGCCGCCAAUUAAGGGAUCUCUCGAAGUGCGCAGCCCUGAUACGCUGUCUCUGUUACAAACGAUAGCUUUGCCUGGUGCCGCACAGCUACACUUCCCACCUCCUACUGUUAGCUUAGCACAUGCUGGUAAGGGCUUCCACAUCUCUAGUGACCGCUGCGUUUGGAAAAUGGGAGCAACAGACUACGAUUCUCAAGUCAACGAGCUGGUGCAGGCCAGCCAAUUUGACGAGGCUAUUAGUCUUUUGGCAAUGCUUGAGGAUGCGCUUCUUAAGAACAAGGUGGAGACGAUGCGAGAGGUCAAAAUGCUCAAGGCGGAAAAGCUCUUUGGGCAACGCAAAUUCCGACAGUCUAUGGAUCUCAUGAAUGAGGACGACGUCCACGCUCCUCCAGAGAGGGUGCUGAGACUCUAUCCAUCCAUGAUUUCUGGCGAAUACUCAAAGUGGAAGACUCCGGAAGAAGGGUCCGCUGAUGCCGCACCAACAGAAGAGAAGAAGGAAGAGAUUCAACCAUCUCAAGACUCGGAGACUUCUAUUUUGCCUUCUGUCGGCGGAAUAACGAGAUACUUUAUGGGAACUGGCACUCCAAAGAAGGCGGUGGAUACUGCUUCUCUGGUGUCAAAGAAGGAUGCCGACUCCGACCACACAGACUCAGACGACGCCAACGAUGAUAAGCCCCUCGAAGGCGAUGCUCUGAAGGACGCUGUUUUGGAGCUGAAUAGCUAUCUGGCGGGAACCAGGGCUCGCCUGCAACGUGUACUCGACCCAGUUACCGGGAAGUUAAAGCCCCAGGCCGAUAAAACGCCUGUAGAGGACCCAGCGGAGCGAUUCCUUCGAAUGGGUCAAAGCAAGGGUGAUGUGGCUCACGAACAGGAGCUCCGGAAGACAUUUCAGCUGGUUGAUACUACACUCUUCCGCGCUUACAUGUUCUCUCGGCCGGCGCUCGCGGGCUCUCUGUUCCGCAUCCCCAACUUUUGCGAUCCCGUUGUAGUCAAGGAGAAGCUUAUGGAGCACAAUCGCUACAAUGAACUGGUCGACUUCCUGUUUGGCAAGAAACUACACAAGGAGGCCUUGGAGCUCUUGGUCAAGUUUGGCGCCGCCAAAAUGCCUGAUGAGAGCGCACCGACGCUUCACGGUCCUAACAGAACCAUUCAGUAUCUGCAAAACCUGUCGCCAGAAUACAUCACGCUGAUCCUUGACAAUGCUGGCUGGACACUAAAAGCGAACCCCGAGUUUGCCAUGGAAAUCUUCACAGGUGAUACCGAAAAUGCAGAGACACUGCCGCGAGACGACGUUGUCAACUUUUUACGCGGACAAGACACGGCACUUGAACGAGAAUACCUCGAGCAUGUUAUUAACGAACUUGGAGACACCACUGUCGAGUUCCAUAACCGCCUAGUCGAGCUCUACAUUUCGUCUUUACAAGAUAUGAAGAAGAGCGAUGCGUGGGACACGCUCAUGGCCCGGUUUGUGACCUAUCUCGGCGAAUUCAAGCACAUUUACAGCCUAGGAAAGGCAUUUGGUCUAAUUCCCAAAGAUGAUCCGUCCUUCUACGAGCCGCAAGCUGUGGUGCUCAGCAACAUGGGACAGCAUAAACAAGCGUUAGAAAUAUACGUCUUCAAAAUGAAGGACUAUGCCAAAGCAGAGGAGUAUUGCAACCGAGUUUACAAGUCUGAGGAAGCCAACAAUGGAAAGCCAGAGGCUGUUAUUGAAGUAGCAGAUGAUGAAACGCCGUCUAUUUAUCACACGCUACUUUCUCUAUACAUGAAGCCACCGCCGCAACACAAACCGCAGCUCGCACCAGCACUGGACCUCCUCUCCAAGCACGGCGCCCGACUGCCCGCGUCGUCCGCACUCAACCUUAUUCCCGACGACCUGCCUGUCAGUGAACUAGCCGCCUACUUCCGCGGCCGCAUCCGCUCGGCCAACACACUUGUCAACGAGUCCGCGAUUGUCAAUGGCCUCCGCAAGGCCGAGUUCCUCUCCGUCGCAGCGCAGUUGCAUCUUGGUGACGGCUUGCAAGACGGCCACAGCGGCCGCAGCAGACACGUUGUGGUUACAGAUGACAGACACUGCGGCGUCUGUCACAAGCGAUUGGCUGGUGGUAUGAGGGUUGGCGGAAGCGUAGUGGCUGUGUUGCCGGAUAACACGGCGGUGCAUUAUGGUUGUUUGAAUCGGACGGGCAGCAGGCCUAGCAGUUCACGGCUGUCGAGCAUGGCCAAGACUUCGUAA